GUUUCUUCUCGCUCUACUCCCAUUAGUUGAGUGAUUGCAGGUGUUGUGUGUUUGUGUUUACUGUUAGGAAGAAAGAGAUCAGAGAGAGAGAGAUAAAAAAAUAAAUACUGACAGUGAGAGAAAGAAUACGAGACUUUCCAUCCUCCCCUCGGGCUUUCCCAUUUCCCUGCUCCCUGUCAUUCCUUCCUCCCUCCUCGACCAGCCAGCUGAACUUGAACAAACGUACACCUUUCGGACCCUCCGCCCAUAACCCCUGGGACUCUCCCUCAUUUUCCAUCCUUUCUUCUCAUCGUUUUUCAGGGUGGGAACGCUUGAACCUACCUGAAGCUGGUCUCUGGUACUAGAAAGUCAACGACCAAGAAGAUAUCACUAGUAAAUAAUGGUGGUAAUUGACAGCUACACAAGAAUUUCACAACUCUGCAAGAAGGGUGACAACAAAAGGUCACAUGACCAGGAAAAGAAAACCCAAGAAGUCAUUGGACUCACUCAUUGAGUGGGCUGGUUUCUUACCUGAACAGAAGUAUAAAGGCUGAUGAAUUAACCCACUACCCUCACCCUCUGACGGGUUGCCUUAACUUUCAACCAAUUUCUACAUCGCCAUUUAUGUUUGUGGCCUACUAACUUUGUGCAGGAUUGGUGCCUGCCUGGUUGGCUGCUGUAUUUCAUACAUUCUUCUUUUCUCUGGGGACUCCCGCAGUGACCACACUCCCUCUGUACAUCAAAAUAAAAAAAUGGAAUCUAAAGUCUCAGAAGGCGGACUGAAUGUUACUCUAACCAUCAGACUGUUGAUGCACGGCAAAGAAGUUGGCAGUAUUAUUGGAAAGAAAGGAGAGACUGUUAAGAAAAUGCGUGAAGAGAGUGGAGCGCGCAUCAAUAUCUCUGAAGGGAAUUGUCCAGAGCGAAUUGUUACUAUCACUGGUCCAACUGAUGCAAUAUUUAAGGCUUUUGCUAUGAUUGCUUACAAAUUUGAAGAGGAUAUAAUUAAUUCAAUGAGCAACAGUCCAGCUACCAGUAAACCUCCAGUCACACUUCGAUUAGUUGUACCAGCUAGCCAGUGUGGAUCAUUAAUUGGGAAAGGAGGAUCAAAAAUAAAAGAAAUCCGAGAGUCAACAGGAGCUCAAGUUCAGGUAGCUGGGGACAUGUUACCCAAUUCAACAGAGCGUGCCGUGACAAUCUCUGGAACACCUGAUGCCAUCAUUCAGUGUGUUAAACAGAUUUGUGUGGUCAUGCUGGAGUCCCCACCGAAAGGUGCCACCAUUCCCUACCGCCCAAAGCCCGCCUCCACCCCCGUCAUUUUUUCAGGUGGCCAGGUAAGAGCCGACCCGCUGGCAGCGUCUGCAGCCAACCUCAGCCUUUUACUGCAGCACCAGCCACUGCCUGCAUAUACUAUUCAGGGACAGUAUGCCAUUCCUCAUCCAGAUCAGUUGACCAAGCUCCACCAGUUGGCUAUGCAGCAAACCCCCUUUACUCCCCUUGGACAGACCACCCCUGCUUUCCCUGGUUUGGAUGCCAAUCCCCCGGCCAGUACUCAUGAACUCACCAUUCCCAAUGAUCUAAUAGGCUGCAUAAUCGGACGCCAGGGAACCAAAAUCAACGAGAUCCGACAGAUGUCUGGAGCACAGAUCAAAAUCGCUAAUGCCAUGGAAGGCUCAACGGAGCGUCAAAUCACCAUCACAGGAUCCCCUGCCAACAUUAGCCUCGCCCAGUACCUCAUUAACGCAAGGCUGACGUCUGAGGUCACUGGAAUGGGCACACUCUAAUUUCUACCCAUCAUCCUUCACUUGACUCUCCUGAGCCAAUGGCAUUGAACCUAGCUUAUUCUCUCUGUAUUCUGCUGUCCUGCAUUUGAGUGAUACCAUAUUUAUACCACAGAAUUGCAUAGCUAUGCAUAUUUAAAGAUUCCAAUAUAGUGUUCCUUCUUCCAUUCCUGAGUUGCUAACAGAUGCUCCAGACCUGCUUGUCCAAUGUUUUUUAGGACUCCUUCAUUUUUUGACACUCUAGUACGUAUAUACCAAUAUUUGGUGCUCUACAUUAACAUCAUUUUGCUUUAUUGAUGCAUAUUAUUUAUUUACAUUUUUUUUCUAUGUAUGUUGUGCUCUGUAGGUGCUUGGUAGCCUAUUUGUAGGCAGUCUGUGUUGCACCAUGGUUAUUUAAAUAACUAAAAUGAAACUGGCUAAUGUAAAAUGUCAUUAAUCAUGAUCUGCUUCAUUGAUAUACCUUACCAUCAAUAACUAUCUUUCAUAAAUGCAAAAUACUGUAAAUAGAAUGUGUGUAGUAAGUUUAAUGAGUGUGUUUGUGUGCAUUUUAUUUUGUUGCUUAUUUCUACAUUCCCUUUUUUAAAGUCAGUGUUGGUGAAUUCAUUUAAUUACUUCAUUCUUGUCCAGUGAUUGGGCAGGCUUCUGUAUUCUAUGAUUUCAAACAUUUGACCAAUAAAUGUGUUACAGAUGAUUACAUAAUUAGUGACUAAAAGCAUGAGAACCAAGUACUGUAUAGCCCGUUUACCCACAUUUUAUUUGCUUAGCAUUAUGCAGCACGAUAUAAAUUUAUUGUCAUAUUAAGUAGUCAAAUUGUAUUCUUUCCAAGUUAGUUUGGCAUUUUAAUCUUUAGAACUAUAAUAACAUUAAUGAAAAUAAUAACACUAAUGAUCCAGAUAUGACGGUAGAAACUAGAAGUUUUUAGUCAUUUUUCCUUGUUAAGAAAUAUUAGGAUUGUGCAUACCUUAAUAAUAAUUGGAUCAUUGUUUCAUACUUUACUUAAACAAAUCUGACAUUAAUCAAGAUGAUCAACAAUUAUUCAUUUGAUGUAAUGACAUAGUUAACUUCUUUGAAACAAAACAAAAUGGUAUAUUAAAAAAAAAAUGGAAGUUGAGAAUAUUAGUUUAUAUAAGAUGAAGUAGUUUGUUUUCAAAGUUAUUGUUCUUUUACUUGCACUGACCUCAGAUCAGAAGAUGGUAUGAAUGUUUUAACAUUAAAGCAUGUAUGUUCAAAUAUACAGAAUGUGACAUAUUUAUGUAAAGGCAAUUUACAUACCACCCCAUCAAACCAUGCUAGAAAGGCCCAACAUUUUAAAAAAAGAUAACUUGUUGAUCUCUGUCUCUCCAGGCAAAAGGAGAAAUGCCUACCACAAUCACUUUGCAUAGUAUGUCCUUGUGAUAUCAGCUGUUUUCUGUUGUGGUAUUCCUGCUAUCUAAUAUCAGUGGCAGGAAUUCUAGAAAAAUAAGACUAAAAGUGAAUUAGAAGGGUAAUGAAAAAAAAGUACAAUAAUGUAUGUCUGAAAAUAGUCUAAAACAUAAAAAUGAUCAUAGUAAUUUUGCCUGCAUUAAUGUCAUUGUUACAGUUUGCUCUCAUUUCACACAUAGAAGUUUAUACUGAUAAGUUGUUACUGCAGUGGUCAAGUCCUCGGACUAAUCAGCCAUGCCACUCACUAAAAUAUCCAGCCCUAUUAAUUCUUACAAAUGACUUAACUGUUAACCCACAAAUAAAAUUUAAAAAUAUAUUUUAGAAGGAAAUGAAAGAGUAGAAUUUUAGCAAGCUUUGCAGUGAGUGAAUACAAUUACAUGCAAUUUAAGACAAAAAACAUCUCCAGGGAGAACUCAUUGUUUAUGUCAUAUUUUAAAAUUGGUUACUUAUUCAAAAUUUAUUACUAGAACUUUAAUUAUGAAGCAGUGUAAAGCUGAUUGAUUUUUAAAAGUUUAUAAUCCCUUUGUGCUAGAGUCUAAUUUAUGUAUUUGAGUUCUUGAAACAAAUGUACUUGCUUUUAAUUUCCUUACAUAUAGUAUCUAUCUAUCUAUCUAUCUAUCUAUCUAUCUAUCUAUCUAUCUAUCUAUCUAUCUAUCUAUCUAUCUAUCUAUCUAUCUAUCUAUCUAUCUAUCUAUCUAUCUAUACUAUAAGAAUGGCUAUACACACCCAGAGCACAUCAUUACCUUCAACAUAUUUCACAGAAGAAGUAGUACAGUAGCUGUGGGUCAUUGGCAAUUCCUUUGUCCUUUACUCAGUUAAUCACCAAUAUUGGGCCAGGCUUAAAUAAUCUGGACUUGUCAUUACUACCAUCAUAUUUCCCAGAUGAAGUAGUAAGUUAGCUGAUCAGAAUGAGUUCCUUUGCCUUUACUUUAACCUUGCCACCACUUUGGUAAAGGUAUGUCUGUGUUUCAUCUGCACAGCACACUCCACUGCAGACCUCAUGUUCUCUGUAAUUGUUUGUACUGUAACAAAUACUUCGCCAAAUUCUUUUUAAAGUACGCUUAUGAAAGGUCUGUAUCUUAUGAUUUGUUUUUUUAUAAUUGUUAUGACAACAUGGUUACAAUACUUUCACCUCUUCUCUGUGGAAGUUAAUUGUUUCACAGAGCGUACUUUAUGAAGAGGGUUGUUUCUGUUGGCAGACCUGAUCACACCAAUUGUUAAGUAUACUAGUGUUUUCUUUUUCAAAUAUUCCAAAUAGUUGAUUCUUCUUUGUCAACUUCCUGUGCUGUUGUGCUUCCUUUCGUGUACGGUUCUCCUGUCUUUUCCAGUUGUUUCAGGUAAGCUUCACAUUCACAGUCAACUUAACAAGAAACACCUGGCAGCCAAUCUGUUCUUUUGCCUCAUUCCUUUUGUUCACCUCAAAUAAAAAUGAUUUGUGUUUGCAAAAGAUGACAACUCUGACUUUACUGUCAGUCUACUUUUGGAAUCCACUGAUUUUUGCAUUUAUAAAACCAAUUAUUCAUUCAUAUUAACACGUUUUAUAUUUUAUAAAGUAUAUUUUGUAUCUUCAAUCUAAAAAAUAUUUAGAAGUCUAUUAAAGCAGUAAAUAAACACAGAACUGCAGUAUGUGCUUGCAAAGAUGACUUGCAUACCUGGAGGAUUAAUAUAUGUGCUCAAUUUCCAUGGUUCUAAAUAAGCAUUUUCUAUUUGACUGUAUGCAAUAAGGAAUCUACAGGGUUAGCAACAUGUAUUUGAUAUUGCUGGCAUGGGACUGCAGAUUAGCUUCCCUGUAACAAUCAAAAAUGACAAACAGAAUUUAAAAUAAAACAACAAAUGUUAAUUAGAAUAAUGUACAGAAAUUUUAGUUAAAGUAGUAUUUAAAACCAGCAUCAAGCACAUUUACAACACUGUUGAAUGAAAUGACUUGCAGUAACAUUUUAUAUUAGGUGUCUCUAACUAUAAUGUAUGUACAUAGUAAGUGCCUGCUUUGAGUUGAGAAAUAGUAUUGAUGAAUGCAAAGGUACAAUAUUUGUAUCACAGUGUUUGUACAGAAUUUUGCACUGGCUACUUGGUUCACACAUACAGGAAAAUAAAAUAGUACUGCAUGCGUAAUACCUUGAAAAACAUUGUAGUUUGCAGAAAAUUAUGGAAUAAUCCCAAAUAUGUGGUCAUUAGGAUCAUUUUUGUAUGGUAAACUUCUAACAAUAUAUACAGUAUUCUCUCUUUUUUAAAUCAAAUAGAACAACAGUACUAAUGCUUAAAAGGCAUUGGGAAUAAACUUGCAACAACUAGUCAAAUUCCUUACUUUGCAGAAUGGUCAUUUUAGUUUGAUAAUUGACCAAAAAAUAAAAUCUUUUCAGGAAUAGUUUGCAUAAAUAUAACACAGUUGUUUUCAUAUUUAAAAUGUGCAUGUAAUCUGUAAUAAUGUUUGCAAAUUAAAAAUAUUGUGUAUGUGGAUGAGUUUUAAAUGAUAGUCCAUUCUGUGCUGGAUUAGACUAUAUAAUAUAUUUCACAUUUCUCAAACGUAGCAUUCUUGACACAUUGUUCAAAUUUAAGUUACAUAAAUCAGUUAUAAAUUAAUUUAUGAGCCGAUAACUCAAUUUUAGAUUUCUAAAAGCUUUGGAUUGUUGGGAUCAGCAAUGGAAUGCUUGAUGCACUUGUGUUAAUACAAAAAUCAGAGCUGAAGUAAUGCUAAUUACAGUAUAUUCUAAUAAUUUCUUACAUAAUUGAUAAAGUUUGAUGUAUUAUUUAUGUAUACAUAAACAUAUAUGCCUUCUCUUUUACAUAAAAGUAAAACAUUCAUUUGAAAUAUGUGAAUUCUUACCUUUCCAUUAACACAUUCAGUCACCAUUGAUGUUUUCUGUCAAUAUAUAAGUACAUCUUUAAAGUCUACAAAAGUCCAAAUGUGUGUUAUCAAAAUAUUAAAUUAAAUAUUCAAAAGUCAAAUAAAACAAAUAAUUAAAGCUUUAAAUGACUUAAGAGCUAAUUAAAUUAAACACAGAAUAAUUUCCUAAUGAUGAAGUAACUAACUUAUACAAAGUAAUAAGCUAAACUUCAAGUACAAUUUAACAAAGAAAUAUAUACAAUUACAAAUAGCAAUGAUCAAAAAUCUAAUAAUAAUGACAUUAAAUAAAACAGAAGAAAACUCAUAAUAAACAUGGCAUUACCUAACAAAGGUCAAAACACAGAUCCAUACUUUUUUUGCCUGUCUGAGACAAACAUUUACUAAUUUAACAUACUGUAUAUUACAUAAAUGGACAAAGUACCAUUUUUAACCAGAUAGAUCUAAUCUGUACAUCUUUAGUCAAAGUGUCCACCGAAUCAUUUGGAUCUCAUUGAAUAUAGUAUUGCCAAUAAGCAUAUUGGCUUAUAUUAUUCAAAAACAUUCUCUGCAUUAUUUUAACAGUUAUAGUUUGCUGUUAUAUUAUGGAUCGCCCACAAUUCUUUAUUUACUGGUUACAACUUUUUGUCAUUGCUCUAGCUUUGGUACCACAGCACUUACUUACAGUACAUCAUACUAGAAGUCAUUUUGCUUUCUUGUGCAUGACCAGUCAAUUAAAUUUAAACCAAAGGAGUAGUCAUCAGAACAGAGAGAGAGUAUGUGUUAAAUCUAUCAUUUAAGAAUUAUUUCAGGAAAAAUGUAAGUGUUAAAUAAAAUAACAUUCUCUACUUUCAAAAAUUUGGUAAGAACAUAUAUAGAAAUAUAGAUGAAAUAAAAAUUACACUAUUGUUUAAAAAUGAAUUUAAUUGGAAUGAAAGACCUAAAGAAUUAUAGCUUUUUCUAUUUUAGAUUGUAGACACAGCUUAAAAAUACUGGCAGGCAUAGAAUGGAAGUAGAGUGUGUUUACUUGAUGGGAAAUUGGUUGUUUAAAAUGUUUCCCAUGUUUGGUUCUUGUGAACUGUAAUUUAUUUGCUUACUUCCUUAUUUACAGUAAUUAUAGGAAAUAUGUGUGUAUGCAAGUGUAUCCAUAUAUAGAUAUUGUGUUCUCAAGCUGUCAUCGCCUUUUAUUUCAUUCCUAUCUAUUAUCUUUAAAUUAAGUAGAUUUACAAGCGCGACAAGAUGCAUUUGUAGCUCAUGCAUUUCAGCUAGCUUUUAUCUUUGCGGCAUUUAAAUGAGCUUGUUGGAGGGGAUCUGUUUGGGAACAAUCAAGUCUGAACAGGAUAAACAGUCUCUUUAAACUGCAAUGUUUAUUGUGUUCAACAUGGGAAUUGGAUAUGGAUUUAAGCCUCACAUCCUAUCCAGGCUUGAAAAGAACUCAUUCCCAUUCGUGUCAUUCUGCUUUUUAAAGCAAUAUGCUUUUUAAUUUGAGUUUCACUAUUAGCUUAGGGUUUCCACAUCAAGAGGUAUUCAUCUAUCGGGCUUCAUCAGUUUGAAUUAACAAUAAAUAUUGACAUACACUUUUCAUAGAGUAAAGAAGUUAGAUUAUUCUAUUAUCUGCAUGAGACUCUUUAUCAAACCAUGUUUAUACCUGAUUUACCCUUUUCUUUUUUUCCAAUUUUUGUAGCUUUUUACCCUGUACUAGAGCAGCAAAAAAUGAUCCUGCUAUGUUUGUGAUUAUGUAUCCCCUGCAUUCUGAAAAUGUAACUAGUAUUUUGAUUUUAUUUUUAUUUCAAUAAUAUGCUGCUUGCAAAUGAUAUUAGAUUUAAAUGAUUCAAAUUAGUUGACACCUCAAAUGUUUUGUAAAAAAAAAAAAAAUAAAAUAAUAAAUUAACUUUC